AAAAAAACCAUUCCUUCCUCGCCCUCAACAUCACCGAAAAAAACUGACAUUUUCCUCUCUUCCCAGCUCCUUUUGGCACGCACAGAAAAGAGCAACAAAAAAAGAAGAAGAAAGGAUUUGUACACUCUGGGUGAGAUUUAAAGUCCUCAAAUUUGGUGAUCUCUGAUUUGGAUUUUGUUUUUGAAAAAAUCGAAAAUGGGGAGUUUGGGAGCGAUAUUAAAACACCCUGAUGAUUUAUACCCACUAUUGAAGCUGAAAAUGGCUGCUAGACAUGCUGAAAAACAGAUCCCGUCCGAACCUCACUGGGCUUUCUGUUAUUCCAUGCUUCAUCGGGUCUCUCGUAGUUUUGCUCUCGUUAUUCAACAGCUUGGCACAGAACUCCGUAACGCUGUGUGCAUUUUUUACUUGAUUCUUCGAGCCCUUGACACUGUUGAGGAUGAUACAAGCAUACCUACAGAAGUCAAAGUACCUAUUCUGAUAGCUUUUCACCGCCACAUUUAUGAUCGCAAUUGGCAUUUCUCAUGUGGCACCAAGGACUACAAGGUUCUUAUGGACCAGUUCCAUGAUGUUUCAGCUGCUUUUCUAGAGCUUGGAAAAGGUUACCAGGAGGCAAUUGAGGAUAUUACCAAAAGAAUGGGUGCAGGGAUGGCAAAAUUUAUCUGCAAGGAGGUGGAAACCAUUGAUGACUAUGAUGAAUAUUGCCACUAUGUAGCAGGACUUGUUGGACUGGGCUUGUCCAAGCUUUUCCAUGCCUCUGAAUUAGAAGAUUUGGCUUCAGAUAGCCUCUCCAAUUCAACGGGAUUGUUUCUGCAGAAAACAAACAUUAUUCGGGAUUAUCUGGAGGACAUAAAUGAGAUACCUAAGUCACGCAUGUUUUGGCCUCGCGAGAUUUGGAGUAAAUAUGUCAACAAACUUGAGGACUUAAAAUAUGAUGAGAACUCGGUCAAGGCAGUACAGUGCUUGAAUGAGAUGGUUACCAAUUCCUUGAUACAUGUGGAUGAUUGCUUGAAAUACAUGUCUGCAUUGCGGGAACCUGCUAUAUUUCGGUUUUGUGCUAUCCCUCAGGUCAUGGCUAUCGGAACCCUAGCAAUGUGCUACAACAACAUCAAUGUCUUCAGAGGUGUAGUGAAGAUGAGACGAGGUCUCACCGCUCAAGUUAUUCAUCGAACGAAAACAAUGGCCGAUGUCUAUGGAGCUUUCUUUGACUUCUCUUGUAUGCUGAAGUCCAAGGUUGACAAGAACGAUCCUAAUGCAACAAAAACAUUGAGCAGUCUGGAAGCAGUACAAAAAACUUGCAGGGAAUCCGGGGCUCUAAACAAAAGGAAAUCUUACGUACUUAGGAAUGAGCUAAAAUAUAAUUCUGUUCUGAUCGUCCUCCUCUUCAUUAUAUUGUCUGUUAUUUUUGCUUAUCUCUCUGCCAAUCGAUCAAGUUACUAGGGAUGGUAGAUUUCUUGAAUUCCCCAGUGUGCAUAUGGAUGAUGUCUGGCUACGCAAGUGCUUGCUCUGUUCCAUGGAAGCUGCUUUUCUUAUAAUUGUGUAACCUUAUAAUGGCAACAGUUUAAACUCAGUGUAUGCAGUAUUAAAAUGUUAUGACAGUUCCCAUAGCUUCCAAUCUCUUAUAGUUGUAAUUUAUAAUGCACCUGUAGUCUUUAUCAGCCAUUCAGGACUCUCGAGCGUAGAAAUAAGGUCCUCUUUGGUUGUUAUCGUAGUUCUUUUGUGGAUGGAGCAAUAAUACCAGCUUGAAGUUUUUCCGAGUU